AUGGCCCAGAAACCCCUCACCAACUCAGGCACCGAUAAACUCAAUUUCGUUGCACAGGAUGAGAUCUGGAAAUAUCGCCUUCAAACUGAGACGGAUGCACGGCGUAAUUGGUCUAAGAAUUGGGGAUUUUUAACAAUCUCUAUGGAAGAGUUACUAAGGAGAGAAGGGGAAGUACCUAAGCCUCCAAAGCCCAAGAUAGAACUUCCAGGACAUUUACGCAUCCGGCCCGUGACACCAGUGGAAAAAUAUAUUAAGGUCUACCCUUCACCACCAGUCCCUCAGACUACUCAGGGUUUUAUUGGUUGGAGAUCCACAGUUCCUGGUCUGGAACUUGAGAAAAACUACAAAAUUCUAAGCUGUAAAGGUGCCUAUGCCAAACAACUUCAGUGGCCUGAGCAGGGCAUCUACUGA